CUUUUCUUUUGAAUAUUUCACAGGUAAUUGAGUAUUUUUUAAACGACUAAUUUUUUUUUUUUUUGAUCUUGGUUCCAGAAGACGACAACGACAACGAUAAAUCUAAUUACAAAGUUUAGGAUUCGUAAAACAAUCACGAUCCGACGGGUAAUAAUAACGUGCAACUCGAAGAAUAGCUAAUUUUGCACCCACUCAUCGUAGUAUGCGUUAGUAUUUUUCAAAGGAAGUAUGGCUAACGAUAAUUCGGAAGAUUUGAAAAACGGCAAACGACCAGCACCGUCUGCAAAUGCUGAAGAGUCGGAAAUCGAUGAACUUAUACAAGAAAACGUUGAAAAAAUCAGAGUGGGACGUGAUUACCAGGCUGUCAUUCCAAAAUUGUUGGUUCUCCCAAAAAAUAGACGUGAACGACUGAACAAAAAAGCACUAUUAGUUUGGUCUCCAACCGAAAAUAUUUCAGAAAUUAAAUUAAAUGAAUACAUAUUAUUAUCAAAAGAAAAAUAUGGUUACAAUAGUGAACAAGCGUUGGGUAUGCUGUACUGGCAUCACCACGACAUGGAAAAAGCUCUUAGUGAUCUAUCAAAUUUUGCACCUUUACCUGAUGAUUGGUCAACUGAUGAUAAGGUUACAUUUGAAUCAGCUUUUAAUAGUAUUGGAAAAAAUUUUGUACGCAUUAAACAAAUGAUGCCUGAUAAACCAAUAGCAUCAUUAGUCAAAUAUUAUUAUCUAUGGAAAAAUAAGAGAAAGAAGAAUAGUGUUAUAGACCGACAAGCUAAAAAAUUAGCAAAUGUCCGUGCCAAUGAGAAUCAAAAUGGGAGCGGAGAAGUGGUGCUAAGUUCACCAGAGUCUGAAUCUGAUGACAAGAAAGACCUUGGGGAAGGAAGUUCAAAACAGGAGUGUACAGUUUGUGGAGUUGAGGUUACUAUGAUUUAUACUACCAUAAAAGGAUUAAUGUGUGGUACAUGCCAAUCACAUUUUAAUAGGACUAAUGGUGGUAUUAGACCAACACUAGGUCCACCACGUCCAAAUAAUCGCCAUUUGAAUGUUGCUCGUAAUAAACGUUUACCACCACGAGGCAUGUAUGUCAAUCAUGAUGAUCUUCAAUCUAUUGCAUCUGGAUCCAAUGGACAAGGGGAUACUAUUCUAACAGCAAUGGAAGAUGAAGUUGUAUCAUUAAAAUGCAAAAUACAGUCUAACAAACAAGAUAUUGGACAUGUGCAUAAGAAACUUAAAUUAGAUGUUGAUGAAUAUCGAAAUAGUGAACCUGAAACAAAUAGUGUACAAAAUCGUUGGACAAAUGAUGAAGUUAUGCUUGCUAUUGAAGGAAUGCGCAGGUAUGGAAAAGAUUUUAAAGCUAUUGCUGAAGCAAUGGGAACAAAAACUCAUAAUCAUUUGAAGUCAUUUUAUACUCAUUAUCGUAAGAGUUAUAAACUAGAUACGAUACUCAAAAAGUAUGAAGAAGAGAAAAAUGCUGAGCAAAAUCCGGAUCAACAUUUUGAAGAUAAUUCGGAGCAACAUUUUGAGGAUAAUUCUUUGGUAAUUGAGCUUAGAGAUGAUGAGGAUGUAUUGGUCAAAAGAAAAAAUCAGCCUUCAUCUUCAAAAGUAAGACAGAGUACACCAUCUUCUUUGGCUUCUGGAACUCGACUAAUUAACCUUGGAUUAAAUUCUAAAACACAUCAAACGGCUGCUGUUGCAAAGUGAUACUCAUAUAAUCAAGAUGUAUAGGCUUCUAUUAUGUCUCACUGCCUUUUAUUUUUCAUAUUAUUUUACCCUACUUAUUGAAUAAUUAAUUUCAAGCGUUUUACAAGAUAUGUAUAA